GGCAUAAACCAACCCAAAGCAAAAUGUCAAAAUUGGAGGGCCAAAAUAGUUCGUUAUUUUCAGAGAUGAACCAACACACAAAUCAAACAAUAUUCAAUACUCAACACAACACAACACAACACAACAAUGGCGUGUGCGAGGUUUGUUGUCACUCUAAAACCGUCAACACACAUGCAUUUCCUCCGGCAUCGUAUUCAAAUUUCCGGCAAUGUUAGGGCCUUCUCCGCCCUCAUGUCACCGCCCUCUACGGCGGUCGUCUACGACCACCACGGUCCUCCAGAUACUGUCACCAAAAUAAUCCAACUUCCGCCGGUUGAAAUUAAAGCAAACGAUGUCUGUGUUAAAAUGCUUGCUGCUCCCAUUAAUCCAUCUGACAUUAACCAAAUUCAAGGUGUGUACCCUGUGAAGCCACAGCUGCCUACGGUUGGGGGACGUGAGGGUGCUGGAGUAGUACACUCUGUAGGCUCAGCGAUACGAGAUCUCUCUCCAGGCGAUUUAGUCAUGGUCUCUCCACCAUCAGCUGGCACAUGGCAGACACAUGUUGUGAAAGAUAAAGUUUUCUGGCACAAACUUGAUAAAGAUACACCAGCGGAAUACGCCGCCACAGUGACAAUUAACCCUUUGACUGCGCUAAGGAUGAUAGAAGACUUUGUGGAUCUGAAAUCAGGGGAUGCGGUUGUGCAAAAUGGAGCAACCAGCAUGGUUGGCCAAUGUGUCAUUCAGCUCGCUAAACUCCGUGGCAUUCGUACCAUUAAUAUUAUAAGAGAUAGGCCCGGAUCAGAUGAAGCAAAAGAUAAACUCAAGAAACUUGGUGCUGAUGAAGUGUAUACCGAGAGCCAACUCGAUGUGAAAAAUUUCAAGAGUCUUUUGGGUAAUGUACCGGAACCUGCUCUCGGAUUUAACUGUGUUGGUGGUAAUGCUGCUUCUCUGGUUCUAAAAUUCUUAAGGCAGGGUGGAACGAUGGUGACUUAUGGUGGUAUGGCUAAGAAGCCUAUAACCGUAUCAACUUCAUCCUUCAUAUUUAAAGGGCUUUCUUUAAAAGGAUUCUACUUGCAAAAUUGGUUGGAUUUAGAUAGAAAUGAAGAGUGCAGAAAAAUGAUAGAUUACCUUUUGGGCUUGAUUCGUGAAGGAAAACUGACAUAUGACAUGGAGCUUGCUCCUUUCAGUGAAUUUCACACAGCAUUAGACAAGUCACUUGGAAAGCUUGGAAGCCAACGUAAGCAAGUCAUCAAGUUCAAGUUCUGAUACGUCGGCUUGACGUCAUGUAUGUAAGACUUUGUAUCUUCUCUCUGAUAUUCGCAAAACAAUAAACGAUCAAAUUGGAUCAUUCAAUGAAAAGUUCAUUUUAUGUGUA